AUGGCGGAGGACAAGUACAACCUGAAGAACCCAGCGGUGAAGCGGAUUCUACAGGAGGUUAAGGAGAUGCAAUCCAAUCCCUCCGACGAUUUCAUGAGCCUCCCCCUCGAGGAGAACAUAUUUGACUGGCAAUUUGCAAUCAGAGGCCCUAGUGAAACUGAAUUCGAGGGUGGGAUUUAUCAUGGGCGGAUCCAGUUGCCGGCGGAAUACCCAUUCAAGCCUCCUUCAUUUAUGUUGUUGACGCCAAAUGGUCGCUUCGAAACCCAAACCAAGAUUUGCUUAAGCAUAUCAAAUCAUCAUCCCGAGCACUGGCAGCCAUCAUGGAGCGUGCGAACUGCUUUAGUUGCACUUAUUGCAUUUAUGCCCACCAACCCAAAUGGUGCAUUGGGUUCAGUAGAAUACAAGAAGGAAGAAAGGCGUUCCCUGGCCAUCAAAUCUCGUGCAGCAGCCCCAAGAUAUGGCACUGCUGAACGUCAGAAGCUAAUUGAUGAGAUUCAUGAAUGUAUGCUAAGCAAGGUACCACCUGUUCCUCAACCGAGCCCCUCACAGGAUUCCAAAGAGCAUCCUUCAAACAGGGAAGGCGAUGUUCAGGUGAGUUCCCAAAAUGAUGGAGCCACACCUGCUGGGGAAGCUGCUGCAGAAGGGUCUCCAAACCCAGCAGUAGGAGACAGGAUUGUUGAAGAAGUACAGGAAGCCCCUUUGAAUGGUAACCCAGGUCCUGAAGUAGCGAGGACAUUGAAUGCAGCUCCUUCCGGUGGAUCAAGUCAGCUGCUACAAAGGCCAGAAAUGAAAGUACAAAAACCGGCCGAUGAUCGCUUGUUCACUUGGGCUGCUGUUGGACUUACCAUUGCAAUUAUGGUUCUUCUAUUUAAGAAGUUUAUGAAAUCUAGCGGACAUGGUGCUGUUUUCAUGGAUGGAUCUUAG